CCGGACCGGGCUGGCUGGCGGGCGGAGCCGGGCCCGCGGGGCUGCUGCCGGGGCGAUCGGGCCGGGCUGCGGGCGGCGCCAUGGGCUCUGGUGUCCAGCCUGAGUUCCAGCCUCGCUGAGCCGACCGCCCUACGAGCUUCCUCCUGCGGGAGUCUCCCCCGGCACCGACCAUGUCUAUUAUGGACCACAGCCCCACCACGGGCGUGGUCACGGUCAUUGUCAUCCUCAUUGCCAUCGCGGCCCUGGGGGCCCUGAUCCUGGGCUGCUGGUGCUACUUGCGGCUGCAGCGCAUCAGCCAGUCGGAAGACGAGGAGAGCAUCGUGGGGGAUGGCGAGACCAAGGAGCCCUUCCUGCUGGUGCAGUACUCGGCCAAGGGACCGUGCGUGGAGAGGAAGGCCAAGCUGACCCCCAACGGCCCGGAAGUCCACGGCUGAGCAGGGAUGCAGAGGCCCCCAGGCCUGGGUGCAGCCAGUGGAGAGGCGGGGGUGGGGUGAAGCCUCGGCCACGGCCGCUGAGAGGAAGGGCUGACGCUUACUGGCAUGGCCUCGCCGGGCCCCGUCACCGCAUGCACGGCCUCCCGGGUCCUGGCCGUCCUGAGCCAGGACUCGGCGGCCCUGGGCACCCCCUCAGCCUCCUGGUGGGACUGCCCAUUGCAGGCAGUGGGCAGGCCUGACCUCGCCGGGGCUCACGACCCUAUAGCGCUUUUGUUACUUGAAUGUUUAGCUGAGCCUGUUUUUGACGGAGCUACUACUGUAACGCGUGAACUCACCAACCUGUGAACUGUAAAUAGGCCCUGGAAGCAUGUGCUUAAAGCCUUUUUUGCUGAGUUUUAAAAAUACCACGUAGAGCACAUGGGACUGACCGUGCGACUGUUAUCGCACAACGAUAAGCUGACUCAAGGCUCUGGGGGGUGGGGGUGGGGGUGGGGGUCUGGGACAUGGAAGGGCCCACAGUGCACUGGGCGGGGGUCUCUAAUCCACGGGCACCUGCAGGCUGAGGACAAGCGUCCUGGCUCAGCAGCGGGUGCUGUGGGGAUUUCUGCUUGGCUAGCAAUGGGUGGAGGAACCACACCCCCCUGCUUCGGUCGCUAAAUACCAGUUCCCGUUGAGAGUGGAGUUACUGCAAGGAAGCCACUGCCGCCGCCUGCGAGCCGGUGAAGGACAAGUCAGGGCACCCGUCCGGAGGGCUGCCGGGCGGCUUAGGCGGAGCAGUUAACACCCCUCCCCCCCCCAGCCUGUGCUGUCCCCACCCACCAUCACUUAGCACAGGCUUCGCUGAGAACACCAGAGCCUGUGGCCUCGACCUUUAUCGCAAACCCAGCCAGCCCAGGAAAAAGGAAAUCGUGUUUUCUUGUUUGUUGCCGUAUUUAAUAUUUUCUGCACUGGAGGGUGGGGGGAGGGGACUUUGAGGGGUUUUUUUUUCUUCCCCUUUCACAUGUUCGUUUGUUUCCUUUCUUCUCGGAGUACCAGCCACCUGCUGGGUCCCGGACUUCUUUCCCCAGUGGGCCACCUAGGAGAGUUCCCCCAACCCUGUUCGGAGAGCCCUGAGUGCAGCCAAGGGUCACCUGCCUGACAGCCAGCUGUCAGCGAGGUGGGCGCCUUGGGGAGGGCGCGGGGCGGGGAGAGGGAGCGUCAGGUCCAUGACUGGGUUUCUGUGAAGAGGAGGCGCCGUGGCUCUCUGGUAGGGCCGGCACCCCCACAGCCUGCAUCCCGAAGGCGUCCCACUUCGGUGAACUUGCUAAUUGUUCAUCCCACCGCCUGGAGCGCACCCUCAGCUAUCACGAUUAAAACGAAGCUUGUGUCGGCAUCCUUCGUAAUAAACUGGGGGCCAGCCCGGGCUUCGCCAGCCUCCCCCCACCCGUACCCCCUCACAGCUCUGACCUGCUCAGGCUGGCUGAGGCUUCUCUGGCCUCACCAAGUCUCCUCUGCAAAGAAUGCUGAACUAAUCUACUUUCUAGAACCCCAAGGAAGCAGCUUAGGGAACACUUCAUCUUAGCAGCACUUAACCUGGGGAUCAGACUUGGUGUAUCAGCUUGGGGGUAGGGAGAAGGGUAGCUCUCUAGCAAUGUGAGCUGAAGGUGGGCUUAUGAUGCCCCGGGGGGGCUACUGAGGAGCCCCUGCCAGGCAGCUGGGCUUUACGUAGCCCAGGAGAAGCCCAGGAGAAAAGUCAGCCCCUAAGUGGGGACGGCCAAGCCUGAGAAGUCAGGCAGGAGACCCUCGGAGCCCCCGUGGGCCGGAGGCGGCCAGCAGGUUCUACGAUGCCCCAUGGAAGAUCGGGGACGGCUGGCUUCCUGCUGAAGGGCCCUCCCAACAAACGCAGAAGGUGUAGGGGUGUUUGAAACGUUCCCCUGGCAUUUCGGAACUUACAGGCCUUCUACCUUGCCUGCCCGCAGCACACAUCCAGGCUGUCUCCGUGGGGAGCUGAGGACCCCCUGGGGCUGACCCUGACCCUGGUCUUCCCCGUGAGGUUUUGGUUCUGAAACUUCCCCUUCCCCCUGGGUUUCCUGGUGGUUGCUGGAUCCCACCACGCCCGGCUGCCAGGGACAGUGCCCUGCAGGGGGCGGUGGGUGCUGGGUCAGGGUCACGGGCACAGCAGGGCACCAGCGGGGCAGGGCUCUGCGGGGCCAGUGGGAGUGCCUGGAGAGGCUGACAACCACCACACUUCCUAUCAAGAGCUAUUUUUUUUUUAAGGGUAGACGCCAGAACCACACGCUCACGCGGCUUAGUUAUGACCUCUGAUUGCAUUCUUUCUGAAUAGCACGACUGCGGUGUUCAGUUCUUCCGGCCGGCCAGGCAACCAGCCUCUCAUCCCGCACGUCCUCACCGAAGCAGCAAUAGGGGACGGGGAGGGAACUCGGGACACUGAGCCACUGAAGUGCGGACCAGCUUUUCAGACCAGCCUUCAGAUGGACUGUGCUACUGUUUCCGUCUCAAAGCUACCAAGUCUGUGCAAUAAGUGGAAGGGAUGUCAUCCCUGUUCAAUAAACGCUGAAUGACAUUCAACGUGA